AUGUUUGGCAAAACACUCUUUUUCCUUGCAACAGCGGGCGUUGCCUCUGCCCUUCGUCCCAACGACACCACCAUCUGCGAUUACUACACUCCCAUCGUCACUGGCAGAGAGAACUCCCCUGAGAGCCAGUAUGAACUUAUGUUGAAGAUCACCCACACUUUUAUUCUCGGAAACUAUACCACUCCCAACGUCGGAGUCCAGGUGAUGGGGGUUGCUGCACCGGCCACAUUUGAAGGACAUCAGGUCAACCUUCUUCCAUACUUCACUGGUGGGUAUUACUCUACCAACGACGGAGGAGACACGGGCGUCGCCAAGAACUUCCUUGACGGUGGAGGUGCUGAUGCUCUAUUGCAAAAUAUACCUGCUUUUGGGAAUUCAUCUAAUCAAUACCGGCUUCUAACCCACGUGUACCAAUAUUUUGGCGAAUUCUAUGGCUGCUCUCAACAGGGAAAUGACGUGUUCCCCAAAUAUGAGGGACGUGCAAGCAUGUUCGAGGUUCAUAAGUUCAUGGACUCGGACAAAUAUGAAGCAGGUUUCUUCAACCAACAGAUUGGCCUUGCAGUCGCGUCUGUAGGUUUUGAGGAGGCUGACGUCAACUUCACCCUCACGGCCCUCGAUAUGACCUUCACUCAUCGCUGCUCGCCUCCUGCGGCCGUCAUUCCCGCCUCUGCCGGCCCUCAGCUCCAAUCCAUUUGUGUUGCUCCAGACUGUCCGCUUGAUCCUAUGGCCGACUGCUCGGUCUAUCCAAACAACGGCGUUAUUGCCCAGCCUGCAAUCGCAAAUGCGACCCUUGUCGGUGACAUUGCUAAACAGAAUGAAACUGAGGACGGAGCUACGCCAUCGGCAAGUCCUAAUCCUUCGUCCAGUGCCAGUGCGUCUGCAGCAAGUGCUAGCGCUUCCAGCACGAACGGAGCCAGUAAUAACGUCGUGCUGGGGAGUUCCACGAUGACAUCCUGCACACUAAUCGCCCUUCUUGGAGUUGGAAUGUUUGUGUUGCUUCUUUGA